GAUUUCCCGCUUGUCUAACCCCCCUCAAAUUUACUGGAAACGAAGAGUCAAGGUCCAGGGCCAGAGAAAGAGGGAGGGACAUUCCUGGACUCCUCAUGUCCACAUCUCUCCAGCUUUAGGCUCUGAAAACAGAGUCAAACUGGCAACCAUGAAGACGUUUUGGCUGGCCCUGGGCUCUCUCUUCGCCUUUGCAGCUGCUGGCACAGGGCAGGAGGCUUCCAAGAGAAACGUCCGAUCGGUGGAGGACACCUUGCCAAGUCGCCAGGCUCGGAGUCUAGAUUGGCCGUGGUACUGCCCCGGUUGCUUCACAGCUAUUAAUAAGGUCCCUGCGGAAAAAGAGCCGCUUUUAUACGACCCAGAUCGCUUUCAGAUUCAUAUGCCCAGCUUGCAAGAACCGGAGCCAAGCCCGCAGCACCCUGCGAAGACAGAAGAGCCGCUUUUAUACGACCCAGAUCGCUUUCAGAUUCAUAUGCCCAGCUUGCAAGCACUGGAUCCAAGCCUGCAGGAGGCUUCCAAGAGAAACGUCCGAUCGGUGGAGGACACCUUGCCAAGUCGCCAGGCUCGGAGUCUAGAUUGGCCGUGGUACUGCCCCGGUUGUCACACACCUCUUCAUCAGGUCCCUGCGGAGAAAGAGCCACAAUUAUCCGACCCAGAUCUCCCUCAGAUUCAGAUGCCCAGCUUGCCAGCACUAGAGCCAAGCCUGCAGCACCCUGCGAAGACAGAAGAGCCGCUUUUAUACGACCCAGAUCGCUUUCAGAUUCAUAUGCCCAGCUUGCAAGCACUGGAUCCAAGCCUGCAGGAGGCUUCCAAGAGAAACGUCCGAUCGGUGGAGGACACCUUGCCAAGUCGCCAGGCUCGGAGUCUAGAUUGGCCGUGGUACUGCCCCGGUUGUCACACACCUCUUCAUCAGGUCCCUGCGGAGAAAGAGCCACAAUUAUCCGACCCAGAUCUCCCUCAGAUUCAGAUGCCCAGCUUGCCAGCACUAGAGCCAAGCCUGCAGCGCCCUGCGAAGACAGAAGAGCCGCUUUUAUACGACCCAGAUCGCUUUCAGAUUCAUAUGCCCAGUUUGCAAGCACUGGAUCCAAGCCUGCAGGAGGCUUCCAAGAGAAACGUCCGAUCGGUGGAGGACAUCUUGCUAGGCGGGGAUCAAGGCACCCAGGAGCGGAGACAAAAUCAGCGGAGGUACUGCUCCAGUUGUUACACACCUCUUCAUCAGGUCCCUUCGCAGAAAGAGCAGCCUUUCCUCGACCCAGAUCUCCUUCGGAUUCAUAUACCCACUUUGCCAACACGGGAUCCAAGCCCGCAGCGCCCUGCGGAGACAGAAGAGCCGCUUUUAUACGACCCAGAUCGCUUUCUGCAGGAGCUGUUGUUCAAGGCCAUUACGAAGAGGUCCGCCAGGGGAGCUGCCUCAGCGCGGGCCAGGGGGAAGCAGCGCUCGGGUGCCCGGGCCGUCUGCCGGGGCUGCUACUCGGGGCUGAUGAUCGUGGCUCCGCCUGCCCAGGGGAGCAAAAACGAGACUUGGAUCGGGAGCCACUCGGAGUCCGAGGGAGAUUCCAGCGAGGAAGAUACUCUGCCUCCCAAAGCCUGAGCCCCCACCCAGGGCGCAGAGUCCUCGCCAGACGCUGAAGACCAGACCUGGAGGGGACACCAAGGGUCAUCUAGUCCAACCCCUGCCAUACAGGAAUCGCAGCUAAACAUGUUGCUGGAAGUAUUUUAGUGUGCCUUUCAAAUUAUGUGUUAUCACCGAUUGUAACCUUGUAAGCUGCUUGGAGGACAUUUUGACAUGUAAGAAGUCGAUUAAUUAAUUAACAAAACAUGCAAUAAAUAAUCAAUAAUUUCA